AUGGCCCAAGGGGAAUGCAAUUGCGAAGAUAAGGGCACAGCGCGGGCGGCUUCGAAUCAGCAAACGACAGCAGUAUCCAUGACGGACCCUGUGUCAAAAUCAGACCCUGAUCGGGCUGUACCCGCAACUCCCUUCCAGUACAGCCAAAAGCACGAAAAGAUGAUCAAAUCCCUCACCACCAAAAUAUCCAUUCUCAACUCCGAAAUCUCAAAGACAGAAACUCUUCUCUCCGAAGCUAGGGGCAAACUGAACCUCCCAGCUUCCAACAGAGCUGGAACGGCAGGUAAAGAUAAAACGCCAAUCCCCAAGGACCCUGCCGCGAUUGUUCAACGCCAUAUCCGUCUCCUACAUGAGUACAAUGAGAUCAAAGAUAUUGGGCUGGGUUUAAUUGGGUUGGUUGCGGAGGCAAGAGGGGUUCGACAUGUGGAUGCGCUGCAAAGCUUUGGCGUUGGGGAGAAGGACUGA